CUCUCUCUCAGCUUAGAGUUUCAUCUUGGGCUCUUUUGUAGUUGAAAAAAUGGAUGUUUACAAGAAAAGUUUCAGAUACGAUAAUUCAAAAAGUGAAGAAGAGAUGGAUGGAAGGAAAGGUCCAUGGACUGAAGAAGAGGACUCAGUGCUUAAGGCGUACGUCAAUAUCCAUGGCGAAGGUCGCUGGAACUCUGUUGCUCGCUAUUCAGGAUUAAGAAGAACUGGAAAAAGCUGCAGAUUGAGAUGGCUGAACUAUAUGCGACCAGAAAUCAAACGAGGGAACAUCAGCCUCGAAGAGCAGCUUCUGAUUCUUGAACUCCAUUCUCGUUGGGGUAACAGGUGGUCGAAAAUUGCACAACACUUGCCUGGAAGGACAGACAAUGAAAUAAAGAACUAUUGGAGAACAAGAGUCCAGAAACAGGCCAAGCAGCUUAAAUGCGACGUCAACAGCAAACAAUUCAAGGACGCCAUGCGUUACGUUUGGAUCCCCCGUUUGAUCGAACGGAUCCGUGCUUCAUCACAGUCAACGUCAGGUCAACCGCCCACCAUAACCAACAUAACAAUUGAGUCUGGUUCGGUCCAGGUUGACCCAAGUUUCUUGCCCGAAUUAUCCGGCACUUCGUCGGACUCCCAAGUCUCUUCCGUCACGGACCUGACAGAUUGUUACAAUCCACAAAGCGUUCCGAACUACCCCAAUAACAUACGAAACGGGUCGGGUUUCGAAAACACGGCAGCUGAGGCAUGGGAGUCGUCGAUGGAGACGGUGUGGAAUGAAGAGAAUAUUUGGUUUUUACAGCAACAGCUUCAUGAUGAGGUCCUCUAAUGACAGGAAUUCGCUUCAGUGACGCAUCAGAUUUCAUUAUAUUCUCGAAAACAUUGUCGCCAUACUGUUAUCUGAUGACUGAGAUUAUGAAUAUAGAAACU